CCCGUUCGGUGACUAAGGUACUUUCCACCUGCCGUCUGAUAAACUAGUACCACAAGAACGACGGUAUAGCACUCGUUGGCCAAUCAGCUACCGACAAAAUGAGUCAUCGAUGUGAAACUGACCUCUCAUUGACCCCAACUUUUAAAGUUUCUUUCUUUUGUCGCCAGGGCCGACAGACUUACAAUCGGUAAUACAUAAGAAGAUAUCAAACGUCUAUCCGGCGUUCAUAAACUCGUAUUUCGUACUUAAGAAAGUUUGUUUUUACCGUCGUAUUUAUUGCGUGACUUAUUUGUUUAUCAUGCGCUGCGCACCAGGCUUUGGUAAACACCACUGUGGGGAAUCCCCUCAGUCGUCGGUAAGUCCCAGUGAAGUCAUUUAUAUCGAGCUCUAAAUUCUGGAACCUUCUUAGAACACACUGGCCGAUGAACAAAAGUCUGGAACAAGGGCUCUGUCAGCAAUUGCCUCCAUCAAUGAUGAACUGUUAGUGCAAGGACUUGCAUCAUGAGAAUUUGAUCAGGAUCUGAUCGAAGCAAUGGGCAAGGACAAGAGAGGCAUAUACAGAGGACGGUGUAUGCGAUGUACAUGUAGUGAGUACGUAGUCCACCCAAGCCCAGAAAAUCAUACCUGUGGCUACUGUGAAUGUGCACCUACUCAACAUGAAGAAAUUUCAUUCUCACCAGCUGCAGCCAAAGGUUACCAUCAUCAGGGCAAGGUGCCGUAUCGGGCAUAUCAAACCUUGAGUCCACAUUCUGGUCAACUUACGGACAAACCUGCAGCACGAAAAGAGCCGGUCUACAAUGGGAGAGGACCACAUAGUCAGGAGCGAUUGUACGAAAGGAAGCAUGGAAGUCAGGAGCAAGAUAGUGACCCAAGUCAUCUUCAUAGGAUCGAGCAUGUGGCAGGAGGAAGGAGCAGUAAAUACUAUGGCAAAGCAGUAGACGCAUACAGCUCUCAGCAUACCUGUGUUGGAAAUUUUGAGGAAGUUGAACCAGACCUGUAUUCAGGUGAACCACCCAACAGUGACAGUGGGCAUGGAACAGGUAUGGAACCAUCCACACCCACACCCACCACCAAACAAUUUCAAAACGGAAGUCCAUACAGCAGUUCUAUGGUAUAUCAGAACCGGAACCAACUACAUGGCAGCCCCACUUCUCAUGGACAUAGAGGAUACUAUGGAAGACCACCGGGAGAUUUCUACGGUACAAAACAGUACAAUGACAAGUAUACUGGUGGGAGCCAUGUACAUCAACAUCACCAACCCCAACCAUCCGCAAGAUAUCUGAACCAACAAAGGCGCAGUCUGUAUAAACAAAGGCCAGCAGUGAAACAACAGCAUUCUGACUCGGCUCAGCACCAAGGUGAACACCUUGCCAACCAGCAAAAGUCAGCUAUUUUGGAACAGAAUCAGCAAUAUGGUGGCUAUGUUUCCCAUAAAUUAGGCAAUGAAUGUGGUGGAAGCCCAUCAAGUCCUUACUUGCAAGAAAGGCAGCGGAAACAGGGAGAGUUCAUGCAAGACAAAAGUGUUCCAUAUCAACCUUCUGACACCUAUGAUCCUCAACGCCACAAUACUCUUUCUGUCCACUACCAGCAAUUGCAUCGGGAAAGGUCAAAUGGUACGCAGCUUCAUGAUUCUACUUUGCCAAAUGAAAGCCAUACUUCUCAGAACAGUGGCAACACUGGCAGUCCUAGUACCCACCAAAAACCAGUUCUGCAGGGGGAAUCACUCACAGGUUCAGCACAGUCCUAUGAUUCAAGUCAGUCCUACAGCCCCCAUAUUUCUCACACCUCACCUGAGGGAGGUAAGGACAUUAUGGCAAAAAUGAAACAUUUGCACCAGAAGCUGAGAAAGCUUGAAGAGGCACAAACAUCAGUUAAAAGAGAGUUACAGAACAUCAUAACUGGUGUCAUCAAUUUACCAGUGUCAGAGAUAGAGAUGAAGGCAAGUAUGGAGCUUCUACCUGUCCAAGCAAACCAUUCUGAUAAUCUGGUCCAGCUGCUACCAACCUGGAAGGAGCCGUUGCAAAUGAUACCUGGCGGUUUAGUUCCAGAAAAAAAAUUGAUGGAGGCUAAAUUGACAUUACCAUCAUGGCAAAAUCCUCUCAUCCUGGGUACAGAUGUAUCGAGAGGCAAGCAAAUUGGCUCUAGUCUGGGAAUAAGACCACUUCAUAGCAUUGAACAGGGCCUACAACCAGUGGCCAAGCCUUUGGUUAACUACAAUUCUGACACUGAUGGGAAUAACCAGUCGGGUGUAGAGGACAUAAGUAGAAAGGACUCAAGAGAACAUGAUAUUGGCUCCAGCCAGGGCUCUAUUCUAGUUGAAAGCUCUGAGCAAGACAUGCAACAGGUGUCCAAACUUGAAGACAACAACUCUGACAGUAACGGAAACAAACAGUCACCACCAGGACAAAACCAACUUGACCAACAUGUGGAUGUAUCUGAAGACCAACAAGGUAGCUCAAACCUGGAACCUAGACCCCUUCCUAACCCCAAAGAUUCCCCACAACCAUGUGUUAAACCUUCAGAUACUGUUUCUAACAAACAGUCUGAUGAAAAUGGAGGAAUGGUUCAUGUUGAAAGAAGCGCAGCAGAGGGUGAGUUUGAAUCUACAUCAAAACAGACUUCAGAGAAUGAAACAGAAUCCAGGCAGGAUGAUGGCUCCAGUUUGGACUCCAUCCCAGGUCACAACUCCGAACAACCUGUGGUCAAAUCAUUAGGUAAUCAUUUGGACACUUAUGAACUUCAAAGUGAACAGUCAGUUCAUGAUCAUCUAAACCUGCUAACAGCAAAACAACCCCCACAGGAAGACAUAACAGGAGGGGUAUUGAAGGAAGAGGGCUCCAGUCUUGGCUCUACUUCAUGUCCCAGCUCAGAACAGCACACACAACAGGUGACCAACCUUGAAGACAGUAAUUCUGACAAUAACAAUACCCAUGGUUCACUUUGUGUAGAAAGAAAGUCCAUGGAGACAGAAAUAGAAUCUCCAGACAAACAGUACCCAGUAGACCAAGAGUUAAAUAUGUCAGGAGGGCAACAUACUGACUCUAGCCCGAGAUCCACACCACUUCCUAACACUGAACUGUCUUUACAAUCAAUGGCUGACACAAAUGUAAAUGAUUCAGGCCAUGUCAAAGAAAACCUGAUACAAACCGAGGUUGAAUCACCAAGAGAAAGUCCAGUAGACUUAACAGAAGAGGGGUCAAGACAGCAUCCUGUGUCUGCUGAGGGAUCCACACCAUCUCAUGACUCUGACCAAUCCCUGCAGCCAGUCGUCCAACUGAAAGAUGGUGAUUCUAACAGUGAUGUAACAACCUUCAUGAUGACUGGUUCUGGUGUCUCUGAUGUUAGCAGCCUUAAUGUGACUGACAGGCAUUUGACCUUUGUUCCAAACAGCAGCCAAGGAACCAAGCUGCAGUUACCAACCUCAGUAUCUGACUCAGAGACUGAGGAAUAUUUCUCAGCUUCUGGUUCAGAAAUGGAGGUGGAUGAUGAUAUGCAUCUCUUACAUGCUGGGGUGUUGCAAGACAAAGCUGUUUCACAUUCAGAGGAGUCAAUAACACAAGAUGAACCUGUUUCAAGUUCAGAGGUGUCAAGGAAGCAGGAUGAACCUGUUUCAAGUCCAGAGGUGUCAAGGAAGCAAGAUGAACCUGUUUCAAGUUUAGAGGUGUCAAGGAAGCAGGAUGAACCUGUUUCAAGUCCAGAGGUGUCAAGGAAGCAAGAUGAACCUGUUUCAAGUUUAGAGGUGUCAAGGAAGCAGGAUGAACCUGUUUCAAGUCCAGAGGUGUCAAGGAAGCAAGAUGAACCUGUUUCAAGUCCAGAGGUGUCAAAAAAGCAAGAUGAACCUGUUUUAAGUCCAGAGGUGUCAAGGAAGCAAGAUGAACCUGUUUCAAGUUCAGAGGGGCUAACAAAGCAAGAUGAACCUGUUUCAAGUCCAGAGGUGUCAAAAAAGCAAGGUGAACCUGUUUCAAGUCCAGAGGUGUCAAGGAAGCAAGGUGAACCUGUUUCAAGUCCAGAGGUGUCAAGGAAGCAAGAUGAACCUGUUUCAAGUUCAGAGGGGCUAACAAAGCAAGAUGAACCUGUUUCAAGUCCAGAGGUGUCAAGGAAGCAAGAUGAACCUGUUUCAAGUUCAGAGGUGUCAAAAAAGCAAGGUGAACCUGUUUCAAGUCCAGAGGUGUCAAGGAAGCAAGAUGAACAUGUUUCAAGUUCAGAGGGGCUAACAAAGCAAGAUGAACCUGUUUCAAGUCCAGAGGUGUCAAGGAAGCAAGAUGAACCUGUUUCUUGUUCAGAGGUGUCAAGGAAGCAAGAGGUACAUGAGAAAAAAUCAGAAGAGUCAAAGAAGACAGUGGCAUCUGUUUCAAGUUCAAAAGAGUCAAAAGUCCAAAAUGAACCAGUCUCAAGUUCAGAGGUAUCAUGGAAGAAUGACGACCUUGCCUCAAGUUCAAAGGCAUCAAGAAAGCCAGACACAUCUGUGUUAAUGUCAAGGGAGAAGGAAGCCAUCUCAAGUUCGGAGGAGUCAAAGGAGCAAGGUGAACCAGUCUUAAGUUCAGCGGAGCCAAGGAAGCAAGAGGCAUCUGGCUUAAGCUCAGGGGUGUUAAGGAACAAUGAUGAACCUGUGUCAAGUUCAGAGGUGUCAAAGAAACGAGGUGCAUCUGUUUCAAGUCCAGUGGUGCCAAGUCUGAUGGUCUCAAUUGAACAAGAUGGAAAAGGCACAAGUGCACAGGCACCAAGAAGGCAGGGCACACCUGUCUCUACUACAGACCAAUCAAGAGGCCAAAGUGUGUCUGUCUCCAAAGCUGGAGGGCUUGAAGAGAAAGGUGUUCCUGUCUUCAAUACAAAGACUGCAAGGCAAAGUGUGUCAGUCUACAGCUCAAAGACAGUGAACACACUAUCAUCAGAUUGUGGUCGCACACACACACGGCUCAAAUGGAAAGAUCAACAUGAUACCUUCCAUCCCACAGUUCACGGAAAAAAUAUCAAGAUCGGAAACAAUGGUACAACUGCACGAAGGGACCAAUGUUACACGGAUGGUAUUUGCUUCACCAAGUUUCCAAUCAAAAUGGAAUGUAACAUCCACCUGAAGAUUGUGGAGAGCAAGAAAUUUAGAGGUUCCAUGAGAAUUGGAUUCACUUCCAACAAUCCACAGGACAUGUCAGUUGAGUCACUACCAGCACAUUCUUACCCUGAGGUUCAGGAAGGGUUUUGGAUAAAGCCUCUUCAUGACAAGCUUGCACAGCAGGGGUAUGUGGUGACGUACAUGGUGGACUCAUCAGGUGAUGUCUUCUACUCCAUCAAUGGAGAAGAGAAAGGAUUGUUCUUCAGUGGAGUGGAUGUGUCUUGCCGUCUCUGGGCUGCUGUAGACAUCCAUGGCAGUACCAUAGCUGUGCAGUUUGCCAAUGAUCAGGUUGUGUCAGAUGCAGUCAGCAGAAAUAUCCAUGAAGGUGACCAAGUCAUGCUGCAGGUGAAGACAGUGGAGACCCUGCAACUAUUACAGGAAGGACAUGGGGGAAUGCAGCGUGAUUUGGAAAAGGUAUGUUCUGUGCUGGGCAGCACAUUUUUCAUUCUGCAGGCAAUUGGGGAUCCGAGUACAGGGGUUGCCAUUCGGAUUGAUGAUGACGAGGAUGUACGUGUGUUCUACAAAAAGCAUAACAGAGUAUGGUGCAUCAACCCAGCAGCUCUUCGAAAAGUAGGAACAGCCGACCUUUCUGGCAUCAUCAGGGAAGGAGACCUGGUGGCCAUUGGGAAUGAUCUAGAGAGGAUCAAACAGUUGCAGAAGGAUCAUGGUGAAUGGGUGGAAACAAUGGAGAGAACUCUUGGAAAGAUAGGAAGGGUCACGAAGAUCACUCACCAAGGAGACCUUCGCUUAAGGGUUGAUGGAAAGACUUGGACUUACAAUGCAAAAGCAGUGACAAAGAUAACAAUGAAGAAAGGUGUUUCAGGAACUUCCAGACAUUCAGUAAACUGUGACAAAGGACUUCACUACUGGAAGAGUGGGGUGGCCAAAGUGUGCACUAGAUGUGGUGAAUGUACGGCCAACGGAGCUGACUGUAAUCUGCGAGGCUCGCCUUUCCGCUCAAGAGGGAGCCCCUGUGGAUGUAGGGAGAAGACAGGAGGAUGUGCAGACUGUGGCAUGUGUCAUAGCUGUGCAGGAGAGACUGAUGAUGAAACUGACAGAAAAGGGAGCAAAAUGGCAAGACUGCUACGCAUGUUGAAGAAGCAUGUUGGCGAGGGUGAUGACUCUGAUGAGGAAGAAGGCCAUGUCAUUGCAGUAGGAGACAAAGUGAGAGUCACUACUGAUGCACAAACACUGCCCAUUCUACAACGGGAAGGAGGCCUGGAAUGGGAUGAAGCAAUGUUACAAGUCAUAGGGAUGGAUGGAAGAGCUACUCAAGUUUCAGCUAAAAGUGUCACUGUCCAUUUUCCACAUCAUGGAAGAUGGUCCUUGGUUCCUGGGUGUCUGACAAAAGUCUGUGUCCGAGUCAAGCAGAGGGGUGGAGAGACCUAUCAGAAAGGUGAACUUGUUCGAAUAAUAACGGAUAGGAGACAGCUGAAGAGGAUCCAGAGCAAACAUGGUGGCUACAGCCGUGAUAUGGCAGCGGCCCUUGGGAAGACAGGAUGUGUGAUGAGAUGUAAGGAUGGAUCAGUUAAAGUAGAUGUGACAGGAAUGAGCUGGUGGUUCAACCCUGCAGCUCUGUCCCGGGCAGUUCUGAAAGGACGAGAAUCCUUGGAUGGUUUGCACAUAAAAGAUGGAGAUUAUGUCAGGGUGGAUGUGGAUGCAGAAACCUUCAAAACCAAUCAAGUUUGCCAUGGAGGAUAUGUGGACAGGAUGGAUAAGUCGGUGGAGGAUUUUGGUGUUGUUCAUCACAUUGACAUUGAUGGUGAUGCUGUGGUCUACUACCCAGAUGGUACCAGGUGGUGCAUCAAUGCCAUGAGUUUGGGGAAAGUGGACCCAGCAGAAUGUGGCCAGAUAGAUGUCAGUUGUGUACUGGAGGUUGCUGACUGGGUCAAAGUUGAAGCUGACAAGGACAGGAUCAAACGAGUUCAGGAGAAGACUGACUGCAUCAGGUGGCAAGUUGGAUACUACAAAGCUGCUGGAAAGGUGGGCCAAGUGAGAACCACAUACCCAUUCAAUGAUGUGAUAAACCUGAAAGAAGUGCUAGGAUCUGGUGACAUCACCAACCCAGGCUUCACAAGGGGAGACCUUGUGAAGAUUGCUGUGGACAUCAACAAGCUAAGAGUCUUACAGGAUGGGCAUGGUGGAUUUGUGGACAAAAUGGACGAGCUACUUGAACUUGUAGGGAGUGUAAGCUUCAUCGAUAGGGAUGGCGAUGUCUAUGUUCGAUUCAGCAUCAGAAGGCUGUGCUUCAACCCCUAUUCCCUGGCCAAGGUUACCCCAGAAGAGGACACAUUCCAUGUUGGAGACUUGGUACUGAUCGAGCCGGAUCAGGAACGAUUCAAGGACCUCCAAAGACCUACAAAACAUGGGCGAUACAACGAAAAAAUGCUUCCGGCCUGUGGAAAGGUUGGGAGGCUGCUGAAUGUCAUGGAUCAAGACAAAGUGAGAGUGAAAGUCUUAGGGAGGAACUGGGUGCUAAAUCCUCAGCUGGUAACCAGAAUGGGUAACCCAGGACUUGGCACUGGUGACUGGAAAUCAGCUGCCAUCUGCGCUCCUAACAAGCAUGACUGGAGCACAGGCCGCUGCCUGGUGUGUGUCAAAUGUGGAGAGUGUACCCACUAUGGGAGGUUGUGCCCCGCUCGGGACAAACCUGGACGAUAUCCUGGCAGCAUAUGUGGUUGUGGGAAUGGCCAUGCAGGCUGUGAUGACUGUGGAACCUGCAGGUCAUGUGCAGGAGAGAUACAGAUUCAUGAGGAUGUAGAAUCUGAUGGAAAAGAUGCUCACGAGAUGGGCUGGCAGGGCGAGGCAGUGGAGAAACUAGGUGUUGGAGAGUGCCAACCAACUUCAAGUGAAAAGGCAGCUGCCCAUAAAGUCAUCUCAGCUGUCCUUAAGAAGAUGAGCCAGGCUGUAGAACAGCUGAAGAAGAGUGAGAACAAACAAUCCACAGAUGCAGCAAGCAUCAAAACUACCUUGGAGAACAAUCUUCUCAGCCCAUUCACAAAGUAUGUGAGCAGCACACACAGGAAGCUGAUGGGAGAUCAUCUGGCCAACAUUGAUGCAACCAGAGUUCUGUUGGAUCAAUACUUGAAGUGUGUACCCGCUGAAGACAUCCGUGAGAGAGAUGAACAGACAUGCCUCCAACUUGAGUGCCUCCAGCUACUGCGGAAACUUCUCGUCCAUGGCACAAACAGCAGCCCUGAGUUUUGUCGUACUGUGGGGAGAAGUAAUCUUCUUGCUACACUUCUACAGGACCUGUCAUCCUUCCACAAGAGGACACGAGAUGACACUUGGCCAGCCAUCCAUUCGAUUGUCACAAUCCUGUACAACUGUGCAAGAGUCCCGGAGAACCAAGAAUAUUUUGCCAGCUGCAACGUGGUGAGUGUUUUGACACCUUACCUGAGAAGCAAAGAUGAAGGAAUCAGGAUCACUACACUGUCCUGCCUAGCAUUCAUCAUAGAGGAGGAAAACCUGCAUCUUAUUAGACUGAACGUGGACAUGGCAGAGCUGAUUGUGUCCCUACUGAAGGAUGCUGUUGGCACCCCAGAACACAUCACAACAAGCUUAAGAGGAGGCAAUAAGUAUUCUGCCUUGCAAGUCACCACCAUCAUAAGCGUUCUUGUCCGGAAUGAUGAAAACAAGCAGAUACUUGUUGCUCAAGGGAUGGUGGACUUGCUCAUCAGGUUAAUACAAACUGGUGAUGAUGGAGAGAAGGAAGCUGCACUUUUGUGCAUCAGAAGGCUGGCCGACAGUGAUGUCAUCAGUGGCAUCAUCAGAAGGGAAACAAAAGUGAAAGAACUGUUGCUUCAGAUGAGGAAAGACAGAAAACUAUCAAAGGUUGUUCGAGAUGCAGUGACCAUGACAGUAGACGUCCUGGAAAAUGGGCCACCACAGGAAACAAAAGGACCUACUGCAGCUGCAGGAGCAGGAAGCAUCAGCACUAUCAAAGUCAACGACCUGUUAGUGGAGACAAAGACACCACUCGGAGGUGGAGGUUUUGGUGUGGUGUUCAGAGGGUAUCACAGAAGGUGGAUGAUGAAUGUGGCUGUGAAGAAACUUUAUCCACUACCAAAAGAGCAAAGCCUGAGAGUCAGUGAGGCCCUCAUUGAGGAAGCCAAUUUCAUGCGCCGUGCCCAAAAUGCCUACCGGUUCAUCGUUCCCCUCUACGGCGUGUGUGUUGAUGAGAAUCUGACUGCCCUGGUGAUGGACUACAUGGAGAAUGGGUCUGUGUGGGACCUGAUGUCCCGUGUCAAACACAUAACCUGGUGGGCCUUGAGGUGGAGAAUCUUACAUGAAACCAUCCUGGGGAUGAACUUCCUACACAGCCUGGAUCCACAGAUCAUUCAUCAUGACCUCAAGUCCCAGAAUAUCAUGUUGGAUGAAGACUUUCAUGCAAAGAUCUCUGAUUUUGGUCUAUCCAAGUACAAGCACCUAGCAAGUAAAUCUCGAGGAAGUGAGGUCUGUCUUGCUGGUACAAUUACACACAUUCCCCCAGAGAACCUUGUGGACAUCCACCUAAAAGCUGGUGAAAAGUUUGAUGUAUACAGCUUUGGAAUACUCAUAUGGGAGACUUUGACAGGACAGGCACCAUAUGAAAAUGCCCACAACUCUUCUCAUAUCCGGACAGCUGUCAUCAAUGGACAGCGCCCUGACAAAAAGGCCAUUCCCAAAGUUGGCCCAAAUGAGCUCUCAUUCUUUACAACACUAAUGGAGGAAUGCUGGCGUACAUAUCCAGGAGAGAGGCCACAGUUCAGAGACCUUGGUGAGAGAGUGCAUGGUGUAAUGCAGCGGACAAAUGUGCAGAUUGCAGAGGCGAUACAUGCAGUGAGAACCGCACUAGGGAAAGAAAAGGAACAAGAAGUAACACAACCGUUUGCUGCAGAUGAUGGUCCAGAUGCAUAGUCAAAAACACUGAGAAACAUCAGCUGAAGGCAUUAAAUAGUUAAAUCAUGGAAAUAUUUAACUCUGAAUACCUAACUCUGAGUAUUUUUGUGUAUACUGUAGGUGUGCCCCUAAUAUUACAGUUACCACUUCUGUGCUUUAGAAGAGUAUUUAAGCAUGACACAUAUGAAUACAUUGAUGUAAAUUAUAAAGGACAAAUUUGAACUUCAUGAUUUAUUUUUCUUUUGAUGCUGAAGAUUAUAUAACUAAAUCAUAAGACAUAUUCAUAUUAGGACAGUACAGUAUUUUACUUUGAUGACUUGGUGACAAUGGCUAGUAUGUGCAGUUGUAUGUUGCUGCUUUACACAUAAGAAAAGAAGAAUAUUGAGUGUACUAGAAUAUGUUAUUCUCAUUCAAUAAAAGAUGUAAGAAUGCAGCUACAUGUAGAACAUAUUACAUUGUGUGAUUAUUGCAGCAAAAGCAAUUCAAUUGAGGCUUGAGAAGUUCAACAUAGACUUCAAACUCAUUAUCUAUUAUUCACAUAGCUGAAUAAAUUAAUAUGAUUGUUACAAGCUUUUGAAGAAAAGUUGUUGAAAUCUCACUAAU